CCGUACUCUUGGGCAUCUUCGCUCUUUCUACUCUUACUCCUCCAUCCGUACACACACCACAUUCUCUAUUCGCACACCACAUUCACAGGCGCACCACUUCUCCAUUCACACACAACUUUUCUCCGUUACCAACAAGCACCCAUCUAUGGCAGCGAACACACUCACCCUCUUCUGUGUCAUCAGCGGCGAGCUCCCAUCGAGAGCAUUUCCUGUAGAGUUAUCUCCUGACAAAGCUGUUGGUGUACUCAAGGAAGCCAUCAUCGAAAAGAACCCGAAUGCGUUUGAACACAUCGACGCCAAGGACUUGGUGCUCUGGCGAGCUACAAUCUCCAUUGAUGAGAAUGCAGGGAACGAGAGCAUCAUCACGCUCGAUGGUCUGGAUGACAAGACGAAGCUAGGCAACCCAAGGACAUGCCUUUCCAAGCUGUUCCCUGAGAGCCCAGACGACACCACAUACAUCAUUGUCGAGCGGCCAUUGGCAGGCGUAGACCCCGAAGUUGCUGUAUUGCGCAAACAGCUGUCCGACAUGCUCGAUGGAUUAAUAAGUGUCGGAAUUGUAGUUAAACCUGAGAGAAAGGCCGUAUGCAACUGGUCGGCCAUGGUUGAUACGGUGACUGUGCGUGACUUGAAGGAGGUCCUUGCUCGACAUUAUCCUCAGUACGAUCACGACGACUACGUGGAAAUACAUUUCUACAAAACAUACAUCGGCGCGUCGGAAACCAUACGCGAUGACGAGGACUUGCGCAGAAUACUCAGAGUCGCCAAAAUACAAUCCAUGAAAAAAAUGAUCAUUUCACUGGAUACUCCAACUAAGGGCUUUUCUACAUGGACGUUCAAGGAUGUUUGUAUUGAAUACAACCUCUCGGAAUCUCCCGAUCCCCAGGUGCCCGUUGUACUUCCGCCGUUUACAGGGAUUAAGGCUGCACUGCUGCACUCGAACUUUCAGAAGACGAUACUGGAACAGCUUCUCCAUGAGAUCGAAUCAAGGGCACAAGUGAUGAGACUGACAUUGCCAAGUGAGGCCACAAAGUCAAUUAUAGUCACAUCAUUUCUGGUUGCGGCGACAAGACUAUUUGAGGAAGACUUGUACCUUGCUACCCAACGAAAUCUCAGCGGGCGCCGAGGAAAUGGACCAGUGGACUUUUCGGUGCAUUCGCGAUGCACUCAUGAGUACACUCUUGGCGUUACAGAGGUGAAGAAGGAAGAUUUUAACCAGGGCGUGGCUCAGAACAUUGUGCAGCUGGAAUCGGCGUUGACGCUGAAGAAGCGCAAGCGUGAGAGGUACGAGAUUGAUGGGGAGGAAGAGCCGCCAAGGAAGUUGAAAUCGUAUGGGAUUGUCACGGAUGCCAGCCAGUGGAUGUUUAUUGAAUGUACAAUGCAUGAAGAUGACGCAGUGGUGUACAGGAUGACGGAGCUUGAGCGAACUCUAAAUUACCACGGCAAAUGGCAGGAUGAUGCCAAAUUUGUUUUCGAAAGGCUUGUAUGGCUUUGGUCCAAGAUGCGGGAUGAGAUUUCUGCACGCGAAGAGGAAGACAACUCCAGGAAGGCGAGUUCUCUACCCAGCGACAGGAAGACCGAUUUGUGAACGUUCACCACAAAGAUUGCUACAACAGACUGUGCAUGCACCACCACAUCUAUUGCAUUCACCCACACAACGCACUGCAACGGAUUGUGUCUCCAACAAAUCCACCAUGCAUCCACAACUACGUUUCCAGCACCACGCCUCCUCUAUGCCACCUGAAAAUUAGCACUUACAAAAUACCUUGCA